AUGGAUUCUAAUCCAUUCUCGCAACCCGCUAAAUUUCUUGACCUAUUAAAUAGUCAACAAAGCAUCUUCUUUGGCAACAAUGAUGACAGUGUUUCACUGUCUUCAUCACAAUCUCCGUCUGUACACAAUCUUGGAACCGACGAUGGUGGAGAGACUGGUACACAGCGUAAAGAACGGCAGAAGUGGACGCCUAAGGAUGACAUUGUGCUCAUUAGCUCAUGGCUUAACACAAGUAAAGAUCCAGUGGUGAGCAAUGAACAAAGGUCAGACGCUUUCUGGACAAGAGUAGCGGCUUACUUUGCGGCAAGUCGUCAAGAUGGUGGCCGUGACCAGAGAGAAUCUAGGCAUUGCAAGCAACGCUGGCACAGGAUGAAUGAUCUCGUGUGCAAGUUCGCUGGAGCCUACGCCGCUGCAAGCAGGGAGAAGACGAGCGGGCAAAAUGAGAAUGAUGUGCUGAAACAAGCACAUCAGAUAUUCUACACCAAUCACAAGCAGAAAUUCCUCCUUGAACAUGCCUGGAAAGAGCUGAGGAACGACCAGAAGUGGUGUGAUUUAGCGUCUGCUAAAACCGAAGGAAGCUGCAAAAAAAGAAAGUGUGAGGAUGGUGCUGCUUGUUCAAGCUCCCAAGCAACUGAAGUGAAGCGUCCACCGGGUGUUAAAGCCGCUAAGGCCAGUGGCAAGAAGACUGUGACUGAGGAGAAUGCGACGAUGGAGUUUCACAGCAUGGUGUCACUAAAAGAAAGGGAUAUCGCCAUGAAGGACCGCAUGUCUAAGAUGAGGCUACUGGAAAGUCUGAUAAACAAACAACAUCCCCUUCUCGCGUACAAAGAAGGCCUGAAGAAGAAGCUGGUUGAUGAGUUGAUGUUGUCUUAA